AUGAUCCCAGCAUGUUUCAGCCACCCCAACACACUCUCAAGUGGCUCUCAAGUGCCUCAAAGUCUCAUAACAUGCAUAUAUCAAACUCAACUCUGCAACUCCCCAACCUAUCUCACACUUACUUGGUCGAAAACCCUCUUUUCUCAUUCCCUAACUAUUUAUGCUGCAGAUUCUUUCUCCAUCACCAUCUCUCUCUACCCAUCGACCUUCUCCUUCUUCAGAAACAAGCCAGGCUCCAAAUCUAUCUACUUGACCCAUAGCCAUUACCAAAGAAUCAAGCUUUACUGGGACUUCACUCGCGCUGAGUUCACUCACAACUCAGCUGAGCCAGAGUCAUGUUUCUACAUCGCCAUUGCCUGUAAUGCAAAUCUAGAAUUCUUUCUUGGUGAUCUUUAUACCGAAUUGACUCGGCGAUCUGGGUUCGUCAUGACUCCGCAACUAGCUGAUUAUCAACCGAUUCUGCUGUCUCGGAGGGAGCAUGUGUUUGGACGUAAGAGUUACAUAUCUAGAGCUAAGUUCUUGGGGUCCAAACGUGAGAUUAAAAUAGAAUGCAAUGGAGGAACGCUUGUACUAAAAGUUGAUGGCGAAAUAAGCCUCGUCAUAAAGAGACUGACAUGGAAAUUCAGAGGAAAUGAAAGAAUUUUCGUCGGUGGCAUGGAAGUCGAAUUCUUCUGGGACGUUUUCAACUGGGUCGGCAAUGAUAACAAUGGCGGUGGUGCUGGUAGUGGUAAUGGUAGUAACAGUAAUGGUCAUGGCGUGUUUAUUUUCCAAGUUGGUGAUGGCGGAGUGUGGCCGGAGAUGGUAGGCCUAGAGAAGAGGCUGAUAAGGAAGAGUUUGUCAUCGGUAGGGCACACAUUGAAGCCGGCGGCGAUGUCACUUUCGCCGUCGCCAUCGUGCUCUAGUGUGUUGCAGUGGGCAGAGGAGAGUAGCGACUGUGGGAGAAGUUCAUGUUCUUCAUCUACUAGAUCAUGCGGGAGUAAUGGAGGGUUCUCUUUGUUGUUGUAUGCUUGGAGGAAGGACUAA